UCUUACUAACUUUUUUCCAAAAUUUAAUGUUUUUUCAGCGUAAAAUUGCUAAAUAUUGUAUUAAACCGAUUUAAUAGUGGUCUAGAAACGUAAUUGCAAUAUUUAUUACAUUGGAACGAUGAGUACGAAGAUCAUCAAAGCGAGCGGUGCUGAGGCGGAUUCCUUCGAGACCUCGAUCUCGCAGGCGCUGGUCGAACUCGAAACCAACUCCGACCUCAAAGCCCAACUUCGGGAGCUUUACAUUACAAAAGCUAAAGAAAUUGAACUACACAAUAAGAAGUCGAUCAUCAUCUAUGUGCCGAUGCCUAAACUGAAGGCCUUUCAGAAGAUCCAGAUCAGGCUUGUCCGUGAGCUCGAAAAGAAGUUCAGUGGUAAACAUGUAGUCUUUGUUGGAGACCGUAAGAUCCUGCCUAAGCCCAGCCACAAAACUCGUGUUGCUAACAAACAAAAGAGGCCACGCUCAAGGACACUGACCUCUGUGUACGAUGCUAUCCUCGAGGACUUGGUCUUCCCUGCUGAGAUCGUAGGCAAGCGCAUCAGGGUCAAGUUGGACGGCUCACAGCUCAUUAAGGUGCACUUAGACAAAAACCAACAGACUACUAUUGAACAUAAAGUGGACACCUUCCAGUCUGUAUACAAGAAGCUAACGGGACGCGAAGUUACCUUCGAGUUCCCCGAACCUUAUUUGUAAACCUAGCCUAUGACUUUACAAUAAACAUAAAAAUCUAAA